AUGUCGUCAUACAAGCCUUGUCUCCUUCCGAUCGGCAGUCAGGAUCCAGCCCAGAUGCUCAACUGGAAGACUCCCGGUCUCGAUCCUUUGCUGCUUAACCGGCCACCAGUUGCUAAUGUUCAUCAACGCCACCAAAAGAACGCUUACGUCGGAGAAGUUUCACCAGUUGGCCUAGGGCCCGGUUCCAACCUUUCCGACCAGAAUUACCGUGCUCCUCUGCCUCGAGUCCACUUUCCCUGUUGGCAAUGGUUGUCACGUGAACAUGCCGACGGCGAGGUGACACGCGAACUGGCCGCUCCGGGUAGUCAACAAAUGACCGAGUCAGGAGUUGGACACUCGAACAACUGGGCUGUCAUCGGGUAUGGUAGGACCACGGCAAGGAUUCAAGAAGUGUCACGAGGAUUACUCGGUCCAACUCGAGGUCCGUCAAAAGUGCCGGCUCUUCGAGACACCAGUUGGAGGGGUAAUGAUACCCCCGGUGCUGACGGAAUAGUCAAUUGUGGCGGCGGAGAUAUUGUAUCAACUGUGAUGAUGGCGCCUGGCACUGCAGGCCGGGCAGAUGGUAGAUCAUAA